CCCCUUGGCUGGCCCUUGGCUGUCGUUUCGCUAGAUAGUAGAUAGCUGAGUAGAUAGGGACACUGGGAAUCUCGUUAGUCCAUUCAUCCGCGUCACUAAUAAGAUGGCCUCCAUAGUCCCACCACGAUACCCGCUCAACUGGGAGCAGAUACGGCACAUCGUCGAUACAGGACAGUGGGAAAAGUUCUCUCGGGAACAGAAAGUGAUCGAUGACUACGUGAUAUGGCGGGAUAGCGUGCAACGGACGUACAAUGCUGCUGCAGAUCAACUCCGCAUAGAGAUCUUUGGAUGGGCAUCCGAGCUGGAUCCGGCGACGAAUCGACUACGGGCGAUACCCGUACACAGCACGACAACCGUCCCGACGCCAAACGGGUUUGUCGAUGCUCUCUCAACCGCGCCUGUCGUUCCAGUCGUCGACAAAGUCCUCAGGCAAAACUUCUACCCAUACUGGACGACGCCGGCAGGGGAGAUCACGCAUUAUGUGCUAUGGUCCGUAGAGGAGAUGUCCGCAGAGGAAGUGGGAGCGUUUUGCGAGCAAGAGAAGCCUGGAUACGAGUUUAUCUAUUUCGUAAACCCGCCACAUAGAAAGACGAUACCUGAGAUACAUCAUUAUCACGUAUUCACUCGACUGAAACAACCUACUAAGUAGCGUGGGUGCGGAGAGACAUUUGAUAUCCAGGGACUAGUUCCCGCAUGUAAUCUAGAUUAGGAAGAGUUCUUUUCUCUAUCUGUAAGCAACCUGGUCCAAAUGCGGACAAAGCCUUGUCUAUCGGCCGUGAUGAGAGAACGCGUUCCGAAACAUAGAGCAGAAAGGGGGGCGUGAUGUAGUCGGAAUCCUUCCGCCUUU